CCAGCCUGCUAAAACAGGGGCUACUGACGGCAGCGCGGCCAGUAUGUGACUGCUUGCUGCGCUCGUCGGUCCCUCUGACGUCGCUGGCCCCGCUCCGUGCACGCUCUCUGGGCCUGGGCUUGUUCCUCGGGCCUGGAGGAGGUUAUUUUGUGUCCCGAUUUCUACGGCAAAGCGUUCAUUCCGUUCCCCCUAACUCCCUGCCGCGCCUCCCCACCCCUGUCGCAGGCCGCCGCCGGGGCUGACCCCACCCCGGCUCCGGCUCUGCCAGUCAGGAGACGGGAGGACGUGCCACCCCCGGGCCUCGGCACGGCGCGGCUGGCGCGGCCGCUGCCCUCCCGCCCGGCGGUAGCAGGGCUGGGCCCGCAGCCGGCGAUGGGCCCGGCCUCCCGCGGGGACGCGGCGCGCAGCGGCGGCCUGCGAGGACCGGCCUGCCCGGGGAGGACUUCUGCGGCCGGCCCGGCGCCGCGCUAGCGGAGCGCUUUCCGCCGCCGUUUGUCUCCCGUCUCUUCCCGUUCGCAGGAGCAGCUGCUGCUGCUGCGCAACCCCUUCCCCGCCCGACCGCUCGCCCCAGUGGCGUCGCCGCCUCCUCUCAGCCUCGCGCGGCGCGGCCCGAUAGACAUACAAAGCUGAAGAAUCACAAGCCGAAAUGAGUAACCAGGAGGAUGAUGUUCUAUGUUGCUGGAGAUGUAGAAAAUACAUAGCAAAUUCUGUUUGCCUUGCUAAGUGUCAUGGAAAAGAACCAUCUGAAACAUCACAACCUUCAGCUGCUGCUCAGGACUCUUGUAACGUAUGGCAUGUGAACAUAGAAACCAUUCCAGAGUGGGUGAAAUGUGCCAUUGAAAAGGCACAGUGGACAAUUGGAAAACUGCGCUGUCCAUUCUGUGAGGCCUGCUUAGGGGGCUUUAACUUUGUUUGCCACACAAAAUGUUCGGGUGGACAGUUAGUAAAUAUAUAUUUCUGCAAAAGUCAGAUUGACUAUCAGCCAGAUUUCUCUGUUAAACUGGCAAAAUCAUCAGGAAAAUGCUUACCUCUUCUCAAAAUUCAGUCUGGUUUUAGCAAGGAUACCUGCCAUGAAGCGGUAACUGCAACUCUGGAAGUAAAAAAUCAAAGGCUUUCAUACAUAGCCAGAAGUAAUAUUGGUACUGGAAGAUUAACAGAAGCACUCUGUCUAGAAGUAAGAGCUCCCAGUUUUGAGAUGAAAAGUAAAAAACUUCCUUUAAAGGCAUUAAAUCAAAAAAGAAAUAUUUCUGCUUUAUAUCCUAUGGAUGAUUCAUGUGCUGUAAAACCUUUUCACAGAAGAUCACAUAGUUUGGAUUUAAAUAUCAGAGAGAGACUUGUUUUGCCACCUGCGUUCUAUGAAACUUGCAGUAUGGGAACUAUUUACCAUGGCCAAAAUGAAAAUCUACCUGUUUACACACAAAGUGGCUUGCAGUUAGAGUCCAAUAGGAAAGAUGGUAAUUCUUUUCAGGAUCUAUGUAGUUCCAGUGCUGACAGACUACAAAAAAGGUUUCAAGUUACUUCCUUUACCGCAUUACUACAUAAAGAAACAGAAAGUGAGCGUGAUUUUGAAGCUACUGGACAGUCUUCUGGGAGUGCCAUUGCUGAUGGGUCACCUACAGGUGCUGUAGAAGAGGAACAAUACAUCACAUCUGUUGGUCUUGUGCAGCCUUUGAGUAUUUCUUUCAACCAAAAGCUGAGUAAGAGCGAAAGAAACAAAUUGAAAACCUUGAGAAAGAAACAAAGAAGGCAAGAACGGUGGCCACAGAUGCAAACUGCAAGUGAUACCCUACAUACAGACGAUGAGCAUGAACUCAGAGGAGAUAAAGAAAGCUAUCUCUGUGCGGUGUGCUUGGAUGUUUAUUUCAACCCUUACAUGUGCUAUCCAUGCCACCACAUCUUUUGUGAACCUUGCUUAAGGAUGCUUGCCAAAGACAAUCCAGCCAGCACUCCAUGUCCGCUGUGUCGCACUACAAUUGCCAGAGUCUUUUUCCAGACAGAUCUGAACAACUCUACUAAAUCUUUUUUCCCUAUGGAAUAUUUGAAGUUAAAAGAAAAUUUUCAAAAAUCAAAUUCUGCAAAAUGGCCUUUACCAAGCUGCAAGAAAGCCUUCAGAGUUUUUGAAGCAGGUUUUCAAAGACACUCCAAUACUGUAACAAGGAGGCAUUUCCCACAUGCUGCUCACAGAAUGGACUACAUGGACUUUGAGGAUGAUAGCCGUGGAUGGCGUUUUGAUAUGGACAUGGUGAUAAUCUACAUUUACUCUGUCAACUGGGUAAUAGGAUUUAUUGUGUUCUGCUUUCUUUGUUAUUUCUUUUUCCCUUUUUAGUCUGUAGUAACCACAGUUAAGGAAAACAGCAGUCACGAGCUACAAUAAUGUGAACAGAAAAAACUGAAUAAGGCAAAAUGUUUGUUUGAUACUGCAUUUUUAUCAUUCAGAAUUGUAAUAGACUUCAUCCAGAAUGCUGUGAGGCUAUCUGAUACUUUUGCUACGUAUGACAAAGUACCUGGGUUUGGUUCCACAUACAAUGUGAAUCCAGAUUAU